UGGCCAAGAAGAGCACAUGAGCUCGACAUAACAGCUCUAGUUCCCUCCUUCCUGUUGAAGAAAAACACACCGCAGAGCGCAGGUCUUUAUUUCAUCAUCAGUGCGUGUUUCCUCGUGUAGUAUGUGCGCUUUUUUAGCUGCACCGUCUUUGUGUCAAUGUGUGAGCUUUUCUGGCUCUGCGUUUUAAGAGGAUGGGGGGAGAAGUAAAUCAGCCGGGGUCUAACUUGGAAUGAACAGACUGAGAGAGGAGACGUGAAGACAUGAAAAGAAUGCAACGGAAAAAAUCAUUUGAAAAAAUUUAAAAUCACGCAAAAGGAACGAUAAGAGGAGUGGAAACAAACGGAGGAAAAUAUGUGUUUGGAAUAAGAAGGAGAGAAGAAACAGAAAAAUAAAGAAACAGGCAGCAAAAUAAGGAGACGUCCGGACCUGUAUACCCUCUGCAGGGUUUGUUGGGAGCCUGGCAUUGUGCUGAGAGAUGCCCUGUAUUCUGCGCCUGGUGAUCCUCGUCACAUUGGCACUGCGCCCCGAGGCGGGCAUGGGAGGCAGAGCCCAGCGUAAGCAGCGAUUGGCCGAAGAGAAGUUGCGUCCGUACCUGGGUCGGGUCAGUCCAGAGAGCCUGUGUGAUUUGCUGAAGUGUCACAGUCCUAUUGGCUCCUGGUGUCAGGUGGUAAGGGACAGCAGCGGCAUCCUCGUCCCCAAGUGUGUGUGUCCCCAGAAGUGUCCUCGGCAUGUUUGUUCAUCUGUGUGCAGCAAGGGGGCGCCAGUGUGCAGUGUACUAGGCAAGACCUAUGCAAGUGAGUGCCUACUGCACAAAGAUUCCUGUCGGAAGAGGCGUCGGAUUGGGCUAGCCCACAUGGGUCCCUGCGCUGUGCCCAGGGCGUUGUGCACAGACGUGGAGCUGGGACAGUUCCCCUACAGACUGCUGGACUGGUUUCUGCUGCUGAGUCGUAUGGGGGAGUCCUACCAGUCCGCCCCCCCACCCCAGAGCUGCCUGAGCCACGGCCAACGCACAGCUCUGGCCGAGCGGUGGUUCGGCCAGCUGGAUCGGAACCGGGACGGGAAGCUGAGCCGCCGGGACCUGAGGAAACUGCGCUACAAGCGGAUGCCCCUGGAGCAAUGCGCCCGGCAGUUCCUCCAGUCCUGUGACACAGACAGGAACAGGAAGGUCACCCUGCAGGAAUGGUCUGCCUGCCUCGUGGACCGGUCAGAACGAUGGUUCCAGGAUUUCAUGUCAGUGAAGAUGGGGUCCCAUGAGCUAUGUCCUGUCUCGAAUCCUCGACUUUAACCACCGGUGAAGAGCAGCCGCCUGUCAUUCUUCUCCGCCAUCUUUUACAAGCUGAAGCCGUCGACGAUCUCGCAAGCGAACGCUGCAAGAUUGGCGCCUCCUGGUGGAUAUGUACAGUACUACAAGUUAUUGCUUGUCGACAGCAGUUUUCUGCUUUUGUGUAUAGCUGCUUUCACGGCAGUGUAUCGCUGCCAUUAUUUUUCUAAUAAAUGUCUACCUGGCCUUCUUCCUG